UAAAGCAGCAGCAUCAUCACCAUCCUCAAUGGUGAGCUGCUCGAUCUCUUCUUUCUGCCGGAUAGGAUGAGACGAUGGCCCGCAGGAGAGAUGAAGAUGAGGAAGAUGACGGACACAAGCUGAUACAGGAGGAGGAUGACGGCGAUGAGGAUGAAGACGCGCAUCCGAUCAAUUACAGCGACGAUGAGGAUGAUGAUCUGUGUCUGGAUGAGAUUUUGCAUCUCUACAAGCAGCCCAUCAACGAGGAGCAGGCGUGGGCUGUGUGUUUCCAGUGCUGCCGCUCGCUCCUGGCGGACAGGGACGCGUCCGGUGCCGCUGCGGCGACCGGAGAACCGGGAGACCUGAGGAUUUACCGAGACGGAGCGGUGCGCUUACAUUCCCGAGGCAGAUCAGGUGACCGUAAUCGCAGACCGUCAUCCACACAGGUGAUCGAGUCUCUGGGCAUCAUGAUCUACAAGGCUCUGGAUUACGGACUGAAGGAGAACGAGGAGCGAGAGCUGAGUCCGCCGCUUGAGAAGCUCAUCGACCUCAUGACUAAUGUUGGAGACACAGAGAGCGACUGCUGCCCUGAUGAAGGGUACGCCGCCAUUGAGGAAGAGGAGGAGGACUCCGCCCACCCUGUCCGUAUCCGCGGAUACCGUGACAUCAUCAAGCUGUGCACGCUUCACCUGCCGACUCCAGCAGACGCUCACAGCCACUAUCAGGCCGUGUGUCGAGCUCUGUACGCCGAGACAAAAGAGCUCUGCACAUUCCUGGAGAAGAUCCGCAGCGCCAAAGAGAAUCUGCGUAAAAUAGAGGGAGACUCUGUUGACGAGCCUGGAAGGGAGCUAAACGAGCUGCAGAAUGCUGAUUGGGCGUGGCUGUGGGUGCAGGUGAUGCGGGAUCUGAGGAACGGUGUGAAGCUGAAGAAGGUGCAGGAACGGCAGUAUAACCCGCUGCCCAUAGAGUUUCAGCUCACGCCCUACGAGAUGCUGAUGGACGACAUCCGCGCAAAACGCUACAAGCUACGCAAAGUCAUGGUGAAUGGAGAUAUUCCUCCCAGGUUAAAGAAGAGCGCUCAUGAGGUCAUAUUGGAUUUUAUCAGAUCUAGACCACCUCUCAAUCCUGUGGCAGCGCGAAAGCUCAAGCCACAGGCCGAACGUCCUCCCAGCUUACAUGAGCGAAUCCUGGAGGAGAUCAAAUCGGAGAGGAAACUGAGACCCGUGUCGCCCGAUCAGAUCCGCAGAAGUCGAUUUGUCAUUCGGCCUCUUAGCAUGUCUCAGAGUUUUGAUUCCUCAGACGUGUCUUCAUCUGACGGGGCGAGGAAAGCCUCCAGCACGCUGUCAUUGGCCAACGCUUCGUCUUUCCAGCAGAACAGCUCCGGCUUUCAGAGGAAAAGACUUCAAGCCCCAACUCUGGCUGAACUGGACAGCUCCGAUUCAGACGAUGAGACUGUAGGCCACAGGUCUGCCAGCUGCUCCAGCAUCUCUACAACCAUGGUGGACGACACGUCGCCAGAGUCUGUCCUGGGCAAGAAAACUCCGCCGAUGUUCCUGCCCAUCUCAUCCACACCGCAGCCGGAGAGACGCCAGCCUGCGCAGCGCCGUCACUCCAUAGAGAAGGAGACGCCAACCAGUGUACGCCAGUUCCUGCCUCCAUCCAGACACAGCUCGAAAUCACUAGAGGAGUUUUGUUUCCCGGUGGAGUGUCUGGCUCUGACGGUGGAGGAAGUCAUGCACAUUCGACAGGUUCUGGUCAAAGCCGAACUGGAGAAGUUUCAACAGUACAAAGACAUCUACAAUGCCCUGAAAAAGGGGAAGUUGUGCUUUUGCUGUCGAACAAAACGUUUUUCUCUCUUUACCUGGUCCUACACCUGCCAGUUUUGUAAAAGGCCAGUGUGUUCACAGUGCUGUAAAAAAAUGCGUCUGCCAUCCAAACCCUACGCCAGUCUGCCCAUAUACUCUCUGGGUCCUUCCACAUCCACACUGAAGCGCGACGCGGCCACACACAAGGCAGAGAAGCCCAGCACGAGCCACCAUCGACCCAGCCUUCAGCGCACAAUGUCCAAAUUAUCUAAGCACACGCGGCAGUCAUCCUCAUCUCAGGAGUCGAUGGAGCUCCCGAAAGAGCUGAUGGAGGACUGGAGCACCAUGGAGGUUUGUGUUGACUGCAAGAAGUUCAUCUCCGAUAUCAUCGCGUCCAGCAAACACAGCCUGUCUCUGGCCAACAAACGUGCACGAUUGAAACGCAAGACUCAAUCCUUUAUCCUGGCGUCCGAGAAAGGUGCAGAAUACCGGCCUUCUGAGAGAACUAUCAAUGAGGUGUAGAUGCAGACCUGAUGCUGCCGUCGUCAUCUUCUCGAAGUUGUUAUAAACUAGAACGGGAGGUCAGUCUGUCAGACAUGCUUUUACAGGGACAAUAAACAGUUUUGGAUGUGUAGCAGUUCUUUCAUACACACACAAAUACAUUUUCUGUUAUGUGCUGUUAUUAAUUCACAUUAGUACUCAUCAGGGUCUCAUUUAUAAACUUGUGAAAUGUGUGAACGUCACUUCCAACGCAAGUAUUGUGAUCUAUAAAAACAAACUUGACAGGAGAAUGCAGGCAGCUGUAUCAGUGAACUCUAAGUAAACAUAUUUAAUUUAAAUGUUGACUUAAAUGAACCACUUUAAACUAUUAUAUGAGCUAUAAUCAAUGAUAAAUCAUUUAAUUUUGGCGUACGUUCACUUUUAGGAUGGUUUCUAGGCAAAGUUUUACAGUAUAAAUGAGACCCCAGGGCUUUUCACACAAGAAAUAAUUAAACCUUGGUCGUUAAUGCACGUUCACAUCAAAAAAACAUAACUAUAUUAGCAUUCACAUUGAUUUUUUGGUUGUUAUUGUUAUUAUUAUUGCCGCAUUAUGCUUGAAUUCUUUCAGCUUGGAUGGAUUCUGAUUGGCUGUCAUUGUUUUUGUGUAACAUGUUGGUGUUUGCAUUAAAUUAUAAUUAAAUAAAGGGAUUUUAUAUUGAUAGAAAGCACAUUAAAUGCUAAUAAAGUGAUUGAUAUCCAUAAAAUAAUAAAUAUCUGUAAAAAAAAUAAUAGUGGUAAAGUAUUAGGAUUUCAAAUUACAAUAAAGGGGUAAUCUGUCAUCCUUGAAUAUAAAAUAGUUCCUGUGUUAUAUAUGCCUGACAACAUUGGUUUUGCUAUAGACCAUUUUGAGGGAUGUAAACAAAAACAGUGGUCCCAACCGAUUUUUAAUUUCUAUAGCUUCCGAGAAUCCAAAAAGAGCCACAUAUUGAUAAAUAAUGUUCUGAUGGCUGUUUCAACAUUAAGUAAUUUUUUAAUUGUCUCUUGUUAGUUAUGAAAUAGUUUGAUAACAAGCAGGAAAUGUUGAUGGGCCAAUGACAUGACCAAAUUGAAAUGGUCUAUACACACCUAUGAUACACACUCAAUUACUUUGGUUAAAAAAACGAGUAUGAUAGUAACUUAUUUGCUUAAUAUAAAAACAUAUCAGGACGCAUUCUAGUGUAUGUGUGGAUUCUGCUAUUCAUCUCCAUUUUAAAACUAUGUCUACAUGGACAAAGUUAUGCUUGGUGUGAACAGUAUUAAAAACCCCGGUUUAUCUUAUUUCUUAUGAGGCCGCUAUUGUUCGCUUAACUUUCGCGGGCAAAAUUCAGACAGUAGUUAUGAAUCGUCACUAUUUGAUUAUGCAUAUUUUGCUUAGGAUAACCAAGCUGAUUUGACAGUCUGAUUGUCAAUUAAAGGGCUUUGUUUUUGGCUUCACUUCUAAUGUCAACAAUCUCCGAAUUUCGCCAUAAAAUUCGUUAACGUGACGCAUUUUUAAACGCGUUAACGUUCAUAUUUGCAGACUCCGUGUUUUUAAUUGGACGAAAGCAGCAGCACGUGACCCGUUUACGCUGGUUUAGCUUUCAUUGAUAAGUUUUGCUGAAUGGACUAUUCUGACUAUUAAAAGGUAGGAUUAAAAUCUUCACUCCAUUAAAGCCUUGUUUUUUCAUCGCAGUGUGAUAUUAAACGCUAAAAACGAUUGUUUAUACAACAAACGGUGUUUUCAUGUCUGUUACUAACGUCAUCAUGACAUCAAAAUGUCACUAUUUCUGUAAACCGUGUAGUUAUGAUUAAUUCGACCAUUUGUAAUCGUUUAAUGUUAUUAAAAUUGAGGUUGAUUUUCUUUUAGACGUUUUGGCGGUCAUUCGUACUUUUCGCGCUACACGAGUUUGGCGCCACAAAGUUUGUUUAACGUUAUAUCUCCGGCUAAACGCGCUACCAACGCUAACGUUAGUUAAAAAUUACAAAUGUUAGACGUUAUCUAUUAGAUUGCGUUAAAAACGACAAUAAUAGCCACUGUGAAAAGCCCUGCUGAUAUUCUGUUUGCCUUCUUCAUAAUAAGCUAUUUAUCAACAUGAAACGACCUUACAAACAUUAUUUGCUAGUUUGCUGUUCCUCAUGAUGCUAGUUCUGGAUGAUAUACUGAAUAUUCAAUAGUUUAACAGACUUGUCUUGUUAUUUGCAACCAGGAUAUUCAAUAAAAGAAAAUUAAAAAUACACAGGAAAUGCAUGUUGUUAAUAAUAAGGCCUGGAACAUGCACCAGGAGUCCGUUUUGACUUUAAAUGUGUAAAAAAAAUAACUUCAGUGUGUCUCAUGUUGAAAUUUUAUAUCAGUAAGCACAAAUACAUAACUCCACAUGAAUGCUGAAGGUUUAAAAGACUGAUCCUGUUAGAAGCACCAUGAGAUUUUGUUUACGCUGUGACUUUCAUAUUGUAAUGUUGAUGGUGUGUGUGUGUAUAUAUCUGUACAGCUCAUGAUACUAAUAUCUAAAUGAGAUUUGACUGUAAAUGCUGCGUAUGUGGAUUGACUUGGAGUAAUUUGGAGAUUAUUGUCCCCUUGCGAGUCCUAUGCGACCUGUUUUCUGUUAUAACAGGCAUGAUGAGGUCUAAUAUGAGUUUAUAAACCUUAAAGUUACAUUUAUUUUUACUGAUUUAUACAUAAUUUAUGCUUUUUUAUCUCCGGUAAUAAUCUAGGAUGUACAGCUUUCAAUCAUGUUAGUGGAAGAUAUUUUUUUUAUUUGUUUGUUAUGAUGAUGAUGAUGGUACCAAAAUCUAGAGGUGUAGUGAUUUAAACACAUUUAAAUCGCAUUUAAACAGCGUUUGGACAAUGAAGUGUUGUUUUCUUUAUGGCUCAAAAGUCGUGAUUCAUCACUUAAAUCACACAUGCAUUUGAUUUAGCACCAAACCCAUAUAUUUAGGCAGUUUUAUUUUGAGAUAUCCUGUGUAUAAGAGCUAUUUGUAUGCAUAUUUUUUAUCUGAGGAUUGUAUUUUGGAGUUUUUAUCUUUACUAAUAUACUGCUUCUUGCUCAUGGUGAGACACUGUAUACGAUGCAUCGUAUUUUGUUUUUUUUUAAGUCCGUGUGUGAUGUAAGAGUUUGCACCUGUUAAGUCAUUGAUGCAAGAUCUUGUAGAGUUGCCUUUUCCCUUAAAUAAUCCAAUCUAAAUGAAGAGAGACUGAUGUCAGUGUGCAUGAGAGUUGUUUUGAGGAUCUUUAAUUCGUUAGCUCUCCUGUUCAGUUGCCUUAGAAACAUUGCCUUUGGGAGCAUUGCAUAUCUAUCAAGUCAGUUUAAAGGGGACCUAUUAUGCAGGACUCACAUUUUUAAGGGGUUUAAACACAGUUGUGUGACAGCAUGUGUGAAUAUAACCAGCUUCCAAUGGUAAACAUUCAUUAGUUUUAUUGUUUAUAAUCACACUUGAUAUAAACUGUCUGCAGAAACACUUUGAUUAACAAUCUUCCUUUGUACGUGUCAUCAGAGGGGGAAAGCCCCGCCCACUAGUGACCAUCUCUCCCUCAUUAGCAUAGGAAGUUAGUCUUGUUUUUGAAUCUGCCACUAUGCUGACACACAGGCAUUUGUAGCUCCGCCCUCUUUUGAAAAAGAGCACAGUCUCAUUUGAAUUUAAAGCGACAGUCACCAAAACACCACAAUUAUUAUCAAAGCCCAAAAGGGUCACUUUAAGAGGAAUAUAAAACAUUAUCUGUGUGCUAUUGUGAGCUCAAACGUCACACACACACUCUAGAGCCAUCAGAGACUCAUUUUACAAAAGGGGCAUAAUAGGUCUCCUUUAAUACACAGUCCCAAAUCGGUUUUGUUUGCAGUAAAACUGCACAUGCAUUUCAACAUCUGCACAAAUGCUGUAGGUGUUUAAAAUGUCGACAUUAGGGGUGUCACGAUUCUCCAAAUCCUCGAUUCGAUUACAUUUUCGAUUCUGAAGUCACGAUUCGAUUCGAUUCUCGAUUUUUAACAAAAAAAUUUUUUAAAGCACAAGCUAUGCCAUUUUAAGACGUAUAUGCAAUAUAAUAACAUCUGACCUUUGUUCACAAUGUACCACACACUACAUUGUCAAAUAUAAAAUGUUUAUUAACAUUUCUAGCACGGUUCUAGCACAUCAAUUAAAUGCUGAAAACCGGAGUUUUCUAUCACUGAAUAAGGUCGCAUGUCCGCGGCUAUAAAUACUCCUAUCGCGCUUGUAAUUGCCUUUGCACGUAUUGAGUUGCUUGGAAGUUUUAUUCCAAAUGAAGACGGGAGAGUAGUUUGUGUUACACUUGUCGGUUUAACAGAUACAUCUAUGUUUUUGUGGUGCCUGUGGAGAUGCCCGGCCAUGUUAGUUGUGCUUUCGGUGGAAUAAUGUGGUAUAUGCACAUUGCAGAGCUUGCAAACUGUGUUUUUUCUGUCGACAACACGAACGUUGUCAACAUAACUCAAUGGAAAUCCAAAAUACUUCCACACCGGCGACUUCAGUGAAAGAGGAGGGGGUUCAAUUUCUUUCGAUGGGUCUCCUGCGUCUGCAGUUGCCAUGCUGUCUCGUGGCUGUUGUAGCUGUUAGGUUGACGCGCAUGCGUGAGUUUUUUUUGAUUCGAUAAUCGAGAUUAAGCAUGAAUUUCGAUCGAUUUCUAUUAAAAAUGGAAAUCGUGACACCCUUAGUCGACAUGUUUAAUAUCUUAAGAAUCAUCUUUGAGCAAAUAGAAACUAAGAUAUGUAAAUAAAUGUGUUUAAAAGAAGCUAAACAGCAGCUGAAAUGUGCAUGUUAAAACAGUCCAUAGCAGGAAACUUUGAUCAAUGACUGUCAAGUUAUUUUUUUAUAUUUUUUCCUCAGCCAGUGAUGAUCAACAGAAUAAACUAAAUACAAUAAUAA